AUAAGUGUAGUUCUGGCAUUACUCAGUCCAACCAAUCCAAUUCAAAGCUGUAAAUAAAAACGAAAAAUUAAAAACAAUUUCAGUUGACGUUAUUUUGGCUGUAAAGUUGUGUCAUGAUUUUAUAAAAAGUUAAAUUUGUGAUUCCCCUUAAAUUGAUAAUAUUUUUUUCAGUAGGCUAAACUAUGUGCUGUACAGUUUAUAGUUUAAUUACACUGGCAGUCUCAUAGCAUAAAAUAGUUUAUAACUUUAUUUACAAAAUAUCUUGUUGGUGGGAUGAUUGUUAUCAAAUUUACGUGUCCUAAACAAAUCAUGCGGAUUUUUUAUAAUUUAAUUAGUUUUGAUCCUCCGUUUCACACUUUGUAAAGUUUUUCUCUUUAUUUUAUGGUGAUUCGACGAAGAAACGUAAAAAUUUCGUCGACCUUUUAUUGAGACACCGUAUACAAUGAAUGAAAAGAAAAAGAUUGUACAGAAUUUCAAGAGUUACAUCAAUGUAUCACCACCAAAGAACAAUGGGGAGAAAAAUGGUGCACUACAGGAAGUCAAACCUAAAUUACUAAAUGGCGAGCAGGUGGCGGGGGCGGCGUACAGCGUAGUGAUGCUAACGCCGCUGAGCGAGCGCGACCGCGGCAGGCUGGGCUCGCUCUUCGUCACCAACUACAAGCUGUCUUUCGUGCCCCUGGAGUAUUUGCAAGGCGAUGACUAUGGUCAGCGGAACCACCUGCUGGGUACAUUCGACGUGCCGCUGACGGGGGUAGGCGCGGUGUGGCUGACGGAAGGUGGGCCGGUGCGGCGCCGAUGCCUCGCGCCCGGCGGCGACGUGCCCGCCAAGGUCAAGGGGCUGCAAGUGGUGUGCAAGAACAUGAAGGUGUUAACGUUCAGUUUCGCCAACUCGCCCAUAGGUAACGGCAGGAAAGUGGCCAUGGCGUUAAUGCACCACGCCUUCCCGAAAAGGCACGACUUACUGUUCGCUUACGAAUACAAGGAACCGUACUACCCAACAUUGCCGCCUGAAAUGAACAUGUUCCAAAGACCUGGGGACUGGAAGAGAGAGUUGGAGCGGUGCGAAUGCCCACAUUGGAGGAUAACUUGCAUCAAUGGAACAUCAGAUGCUUUUAUGCUUACUGCGGGGGAAACCUUGAUAGUACCCAGUUCUGUGCUGGAUUAUAAUCUUAUGGGGAGCGCGAGACAUUUCCGGUCGGGUAGAGUGCCCAUUUGGGUGUGGGGAAGGCCCGAAGGAGCAGCUUUGUUGAGGAGUGGGGAGUUGCUGCAAACUGACCAAUCGGCGACCACGGAGAGUGUUCUUUUAGAGCAGGUCCGUCGCUCGCACCCUAAACUUACCCCGCCGCACGUGGUAUACUUAUGCGGGAACCCGCUCAACACGGAACGUGUCAACGCGCUGCCACCACUGUCCACACUGACCGCUGCGCACAAGAAGAUGGUUGACUUAUGUACCCCCACCACGCUUGCCGACUUUUGGAAACAAGACUCGGAUUACUACGGCACUUUAGAGGCGAGCCGCUGGCUGCGCUACGUGGCGUGGUGUUUGGCAGCUGCUUCCGACGCUGCCACCAGGCUGCACAACAACGUCACAGUCGUGCUGCAGGAGGGGGAUGGCGUAGACUACUGCGCUGUAGUAUCAUCUCUCACACAACUGAUGCUGGAUCCUUACUUCCGGACCAUCUCCGGCUUCCAGUCGCUCGUACAGAAGGAAUGGGUCGCACUGGGGCAUCCCUUCUGUGACAGGUUAGGUCUUCCCCGUCCAGGUAGUCCCAAAGAAGGAAAAGAGUCAACCACAGCUCAAGUCGGACCCGUAUUCCUAUUAUUCCUGGACUGCGUGUGGCAAUUGACGGAACGACAUCCGGCUGCGUUCCAAUUCACGGACAUUUACCUAACGACAUUAUGGGACGCGGCGCACAAUCACCUGUUCGAUACGUUCCUAUUCAACUGCCCGAGAGAUAGAGAACUAGCCGUUGCCAAGAGCUUGGUUCAAAGGCCUGUCUGGGAUUGGGGGGAGCAGUUUUCGGAAGAGGACAAGGCAUUGUUCGAGAAUCCAUUGUACGCGUGCAAGAAUAUACGGUCGCCGUUGCAGAGGCUAAGUCAACAACCUCCUCCCGCUCCCCGCAUGGACCUGCUGGAGUCGCAGUGGUCGGUAGGCGCGGUGGAGGUGUGGUCGGCGUGCUACGAGCGCUGGCUGGCCCCCCUCGACGUGGGCCACGCGGGCCGCGUGCAGUACCACGUGCACAACGUGUACACGCACCGGGACAUAAAACGGCUAAACGAGAAGUUGAACUCCCUCUCGAUACUGAGUUCGCCGCGGUCGAACGGCGAGGAGGCGACAGAGAGGGCGCGGCCCCCAGUGGUGUCGCGCUUCUUCCCGUUCGGCACCGGCGGAGUGAUGUCGUCCGCGUUGCAAGCGCCCAACCUACAACCCCUUGACCCUGAGCAACUGCUCGACUCGCAGUCUCUACUCAACGCGCCCGACUAACGUCACACAAUUCUAUGGAUAACGAAGACUUUCCAGCCAUCGAUGUGUGAAAUAAUUCUUCCAGCAUAACCUUCGCUUCUUUUGACCGCCAUCAGAGACUUCAAAAUAAACUCAAUAUUUCUUUAGUCACGUGUUGACUCAUUCUACUGUCUACGCAAGUUACAACAGAUAGGGUGUAUUCCGAAAUAUACAUAAGGAUACUGGCCAGUGGUAAUGACGUCACGAAUCAGACGCCAUAUUGUACUGGUAUGCUACCAUAUUUUUACCGGGAAAACGAAUAUGACAUAUGACGAAGCGUGCGUGAGAUGCAUUCGAAUUUUGUUUCUUUUUUAUUUAAAGAACAAUAAUGGCAUCCGAACAAAAAGAAUUCCUUUUAAUUGAUGAGGUGAAUAAAAAAUCUUCUUUAUUCGCACUAUUUUUAAUAUUUCGUCGAUUCAUGACGUCAGUGCACUGGCCAGUAUAUUUCGGAACAAUUCACCAGUAUAGCGUCGAUUCAUGACGUCAUUAGCACUGGCCAGUAUACUGGUAUAUAUUACGGAAUACACCCUUACUUAAAUCAAACUGAAAAGUCAGUUGACAUCUCUGGGUACGGAGGUUAGUUAUUGUGUAAGGAGUUGUAUUCAACUGAAACUUCCAAAGCGAUAUUUGAACAUUUACAUUUAUUUUUUUGAAAGUUAACAUGUGCCUAAAUAAUUUUAGAUAGAUGCUACCUACCAUAACUUUGAUGUAGUAGAUCAUGAUCAACAUAGUAAGUCUAUCUUGAUCUUGAUUUAUUGAGACGAAUAUAUGAAGCUUUAUCAUAUAUUUAAAUAAUAAAUUGACAUCUCUGUCAUCUUAGUUAACCAUAAAACAGAGAAAUGUAAUCUGAUAACUGAAUGUAAUUUACAUGGUAGUGUCUCGAAAAUUACUAUCCAAGACAGAAAAUUAUUCAGAACGUAUUUAGUAAUAAUUCUGAAUGUGUCACCUGUAAAUUAUGUAUAUUCAAAGAUUUUCUUUGGUGGAAGACUGUACUUAUUAGAACUUUUUCCAGUGACGGACCAUAUUGUUUAUGACCAUAUCGUUUAUGCACGAAAUAUGUUCCAAAUUUUUAAUUAUAACCAAAUAUCAAAUAAUGAAUAAUUCGAGGCUCUCUGUAUUCAAUUUAAUUAUGUAAAAUUUGUUAAGGGGUGGCUGAAAAACAGCGUUGGUUCAGGUCCAGGCUUGACCAACAUUGGCUGAGCUAUUUUAAUGAAUUAUUAUUUAAAUAUCUGUUAGCAUGUAAAAUAAAAGACAAUAAAUCAUUAUUACUAUUAUUGAACACUUUACAUUUUUAUGGACACCUGUCUAAAAAUAUGAUAAGAAAAGCAAUUCAAUUCAAUCUUUUGUGAUUAUGGCUGGGUAAGAAAAGCUAAGAAACCUAAAUCUGAACCUAAGCCCUUGGUCUGUUUUCCCGGACCAAUAUAUCUGGACAGCAUCAAGGCCAGAGUGAACAGGCAUCUUCUAGACAGGCGUGUACCAUCCUAGGCAUCAUCAUCGCUUUCCAUCAGGCGAGAUUGUGGUCAAACGCAUUGCCUAUUAUGCACUAACAAAAAUUUAAGUGUCAAUUCAUUACCCUGACUUGCCUACAUUUAAUAUUAUCUGAAAUAUUGCAGAUCCUUAUUACACAUGCUACAGACCCUUAAAAGGUUCAUGGAAUCUGCUUUGACAAACACUGCUUAAAAGCCGCAAAAAAAAUUCUAUUAAUUCUGCUUUGUUUCACAAUAAUCAUUUAUUUUGUUGAUGCAUACAUAUUAAAUUAAUUUGUAUGAAAUAUUCUCACUAUUGGCCUAUUAAAGUUAGUCAUAGUACGGAACUAUUUUUAUUUCCAAAUAUUCUAUUAGUAUAAUAGAAAUGGUUGGAAAGUCCAAUAUAUUAUGCAAUAAGUACAGUGUUCUACAGAAAGAGGCUAUUGAAUAUUAUUUUUGGGCAUACUUAUGGUUAAAAUGUUUUAUUACAAUAGUCUGUUUACUCUAUUAUUUUCAUUGAUUUUUUUAAGUGGAAUUAAAGGAACUGAUGUUUUGUCAUUUUAAAUUAUUAUCAUCCAUAUUCAGAUUUAUGAAAGUAUUAACUUUAUCAAAGAAAUGUAAAUAUAACUGUACUCUAGUAUUAUGUAAAUGUAUGAAUAUAGAAGGAACGUUUUAAUAUAAGUUAUUAUUUUUUUAAAGUGUAUAGUGUAAAGGAAUUGAUUGUUUCCAUAGAACAAAGUAAUUAUCGUAUUUUUAUAAAACAUGUAAAGAUUAUGGUGUAACCAUUUUUGUUUUUAAGUAAGUUAAUUCAUUAUUUGGAAGUAGCAAUCAAAGUUGUUUUUAGUCAAAAAGAUUUAGCCUUAUCUUUAAAGUCAUUGAUGUUGAAGUAAUUUAAUUAGAAGUAUAUUGGCACUUAAAAUAUUAAUUACUUAAUAUUUUUUUAUUCUCUUUUGAAAUGUAGAUAACGGGUCACUUAAUCAAUUAAUAAUUCUAUUCUGUUACCAUUACCUCUAAAAAAUUAUUUAACACUAACACAAUGCAACAUGUAAUUGUAGAUACCAAAUUUAAGUAUAAGUGUUCUAUGUUGUAAAUAUGGCAGCUGUUAUUUUUAUUCCAAUUCAAAGUUAAUUUUUUUUAAAAGUAUUUUAUUCUUUUUACUAUUUAAAUUGCUAAAAAUACUUAUGUAAUAGAUAUUUAAUUGCAGUCGCCGUUUAAAUAUUCAUUUACAUGCAGUAUCAAGAGUGUAAGAAAAUCGUAUUUAAAUUAUUUCGACUUUGAAAACAAAAGCAAUAAAAACAUUGUAAGACAGGACUAGCCCUUAUUAAUAAACAAAGACUAAGCUUGGAUUAGCUACUCUAUGUUUUGUCUCUAUUCAUUGAAUGACAAAUGGUACUUGAGUGAUAUGAACAAAACACGGUGUAACUAGUCUAAGUUUAUUCCUCGUUUAUUAAUAAGAGGUUAACAGUCAAAUGCUUAGAUUAACAAGACUCAGGUCGGUAAAAGUCGGGCACGAAAAAAAUCCAGUUGUGUUUAUAAAUAUUGAACUGACUAUAGAUAAACAUUUAGAUUUAGCUAUUUGAAUGUAUUUAUAACGAUGUCUUAUAUACAUAAGACAUUCAUCCUCGCCCGACCUGGGGGCCAAUCGCCUAAUGGGAUUGUUAUGGCUUUCGCUUCGCUUACGAUCUCAUUUUGUUAUUUCUGACCGCCUAAGGCAGGGAUGCUCAAACUUGAACUGCUGGCGAUCUACCUCAAAAUUUUUAGACUACUUACAAUCGACUCUGAGAGGCUGCAAGUAUGUGUGAUGCAUGGUUGUCGUACAUACACGAUACACCCCACCUACCUACCUAGGUAGGGUGUACCAUAGGAUAUAUAGGUAGGUCGAUCGCGAUCGACCGUUUGAGCACCCCUGGCCUAGGGUUUUCUAAUACCUCACACUCAUUUUCUUUAAAUAUUGUUAUUACCAAAGCAAAAGAAAAAAAGGCGCGAGGUAUUUGACAACCUUCGGCGGUCAGAAAUAGCAAAGUGAAAUCGUAAGCGAUAGCGAUAGCCAUAGCAACCCCGUUAGUCAAAAGGCCCUCUGUUAUAUAGAACUGAUGAUUCAAGGAAAUAGCAUCAGUUUAAGCUUUCGUUUUGUUAGUCGUUGAUGUAAAUAUUUGAACAAAAUAUUUAGGAAUAAAAUUAAUUAUUUUGUUAAGCAUCUUAAAUUAAACAAAUAAAUAUCGUCAUUUGCUUCUAUUUUGUUCAUCAUUAUUUUACUGUCGAUCAUGCAUAUCAUGUUCACAAUGACAAUACAACGGUGUUCAUAAACUUCCUGUUUAACAAAGAUCGUUAGGUGUGGAAAAUAUCAUAAAGUGGUUUGGUAAUUUAGAGAUUUUCCGAA